GGCAGCUCCACUCACUGACACGGUAGGAUUCAAAAUACACCACGUACUUCGAUAAUACGCUGCCUCCUUUACGUAAGUAUAUACAUUGUACUCUUCUACGUUAUCUCUGGUACGGAACGCUUUGGUUGCUAACAGUAUUGAGAGAGUCGAGUCGACUAAAGACACUGUCAACACCAAGUGACCGUUCGGCUUUCACUUUGUAGAUGAUCUGCGCAUAAUUCUCAAGGUUAAUGUUGCCGAUGAGAAUAUGAAGUUUGCUCUUUUAAUCGCCGUUCAAAAUGUAUUCAUCUUGGCUGUCUAUGGGCAGAGCCGGAUUACACCUUGGAAAAACAGGGACUGCGCAAGGAUGACUCAGGCUUGUGAUCAGAUAACAACUGGCGUCCAAGGAACAUCCGGGCCUCCAGGAAUCGCUGGGAGCCGCGGUGAACCGGGCCCGGCAGGACCUGCAGGACCACAGGGGCUUAGAGGGCCUCCUGGAAGAUCUAGACCCGGCCCCCCAGGACCACCGGGGCCACCAACGGGUCAACGGCGGGGUCCCCCAGGGGAUCGCGGCGAAAGAGGAAGGAGAGGGAGCCCCGGGGACCCUGGAGACGAUGGAGAGAAUGGACUGAGAGGAAGGAAAGGAUUUAAGGGGUUUGAUGGGGUUAAGGGAAGGAGAGGCCCGGAGGGAAGUCCUGGAGAGCGAGGGCCUCCUGGUGUGACAGGGUCCGCCGGUACCAUGGGAACUUGGACGCGCUGCUCCUGGGAGUUAAACCGCAAUAAAGAUAACGGACUGCUAAAGGAAUGUAUUUUCACCAAAAAAGACCCCAACUCAGUCUUACGCGUGGUGUAUGAAGGAAAUCUACAGAUUGGUCUCUGCCAGGAUUGCUGCAAGCGUUGGUACUUUAUAUUCGACGACGCCGAGUGUAACAACCCAGGCCCUAUCGACGCGAUUGUGUCGGGAGGUCUGAGUCGUGAUUACCCCUUUUACUCCUAUGGCAGAAUCGAAGGCUUUUGUGAAAGAAGAUUUUCUUCAGGGCCGAUUCGAAUUGGACUGCAAAUGGAGAACUGUAAGACUUUUGCGAGCUCUCUGUUACCCUACAAUAUACAACUGUACAAGCGUUAUGGAAAUAUACUCAUUCAAGAAGUUUCGCCAGCGCAGUGGACAGUUUUUGCUCAAGGGGAUAUUGUGUGGACACCAUCAGAAUGUCGUAGGAUGAUGGAGUCGUGCGAGCUACUUUCCGGUCUUCCAGGACCCCCCGGAUCAAUUGGACUCAAAGGUUUUAAAGGGACCCGGGGAUCAAGUGGUCCACUUGGCGACAGAGGGUUUCCGGGAGAGCCCGGUGAUUCCCCACAGGGAGGUGGUGGAUUUCCCGUGAAAGGAGCAAAAGGGGACCUUGGAGAAGAAGGAGCAAAAGGAGCAAACGGGUUGAAGGGGGAACCAGGGAUACCCGGAGCGUCAGGGGCGCUGGGAUCAUGGGGACCUCCGGGAAUAUCGGGAGACAGAGGAGCAGUUGGCGAGACUGGACCCCGCGGGAUCAAUGGAGACCCUGGAGUGAGCGAGCUGAACUGGAAACAAUGUGUGUUCAAACCAGAUAUCAAUACAACACGAGGAGAAUUGUCUGCGAUGGCAAGAAUUCUGGAGUUGAUAAUUUUCUUAUCCGUUUGUCAAGCAGUUCAUACUCAAAGCAAAAUUCGUUGGGGAAAAUUACUGUGUGAACAGGUAGAGACUAAAUGCAAGAAAGACUUCAUCGGAUCUCCCGGACCCCGUGGGCCCAUCGGAAUUCCGGGACCAACAGGGCCAUCUGGGAGGAAAGGAAUAAGGGGCCAAAAAGGUGCUAAGGGAUCCAGUUAUAUCGUGGACCCCUUUCCACUUAUUGGGCCUAAAGGGAGGAAAGGCGAACCAGGCCUUCCUGGUAUACGAGGGCCCAAAGGAUUCCCUGGGAAUAAGGGAUUCAGAGGAACCCGGGGGGAACAGGGAGUCCGUGGACCUAAGGGGGACAAAGGGUCCCGCGGAUUUCCUGGCAUAGAAGGACCGAAAGGUCAGCCGGGAAGAUCUGGAUCAAUCUACAGCUGGAAGACUUGUACAUGGGACCAUGAUCCUCUGCAACAGUACGGGCUGCUCAAGGAAUGUGUCUUCACAAAACAAAGUAAUCUGAGUUUCUUGCACGUGAUCUUUGAAGGGAGCAUGCGCGUCGGCUUCUGCAAUUCUUGCUGCAAGCGGUGGUUCUUUGCAUUUAACGACCUCGAGUGUGAAAACGCUAACAUAGAAGCCAGGCUACAAGGCACCAAGGAAUUCGCAGGAAUGGAAUAUCGUCACGUGAGACUCGAAGGUUACUGCGCAGUCCCCGCUGGGGAGGUGUUGGUGGAAUUAUGGGUGCAGGAUUGUUUUGGCCAUCAGAGAACAUCGAAAGUUCCGUUCGUAAAAGUUGAUUUGAGUCCUCGAGUUACUGUUGAAGAGAUUAGUUUGAGUGAUGUAUAAAAACAUUGUCUGAGGACUUUUUAACUGGAUUGUUGUAUCGUGGAAAGAUCAGUUCUCUCUUACUAUAUCAUAAAAGAGGAAAUAAAACUAUGUUGCAUCCUUUCAGUGCAAUUAUUUCUAUAUUU